GCGGAUGCCGCGUCCAGAGAGGGGUCCUUAAAGGACAUAAUUUCUCACCCCUUGUUCCUGUAUCAGAGAUAUCACACUGCCAUCCUUAGCUGAAGAGAUCAGUUCUUUCUUUUUACCCCCAUUCUUUGCCUGUUCUCCCCAAUCAAUUUUCUCUAUUGCCGGCAGAUUUUGUCAACACAGGCCAAUAUGUCUUCUCUUCCACCGGUCUAUAUUGUUUCCUCUGCCCGUACCCCAGUGGGCUCAUUCUUGGGCUCGCUUUCAAGUCUCACUGCCCCGCAGCUUGGGUCCCAUGCCAUCAAAGCUGCGCUCAGCAGGGCGGAUGGAAUCAAGUCGUCUGAUGUCCAGGAGGUCUUCUUCGGCAAUGUCAUCUCCGCAAAUGUUGGACAAAAUCCUGCUAGACAGUGUGCUCUCGGCGCUGGUCUCGAUGAGUCAACUGUGUGUACCACAGUUAACAAGGUGUGCGCGUCUGGCUUGAAGGCGGUUAUUCUUGGUGCGCAGACUAUCAUGACUGGCAAUGCGGAUAUUGUCGUAGCAGGUGGUGCUGAAUCUAUGUCUAACGCCCCUCAUUAUCUUCCAAACCUUCGCACCGGUGCGAAAUACGGCAACCAGAGUCUAGUGGAUGGCAUCAUGAAGGAUGGCUUGACAGACGCAGGAAAGCAGGAACUUAUGGGCUUGCAAGCUGAGGAGUGUGCCCAGGAUCAUGGCUUUAGCAGAGAACAACAGGAUGACUAUGCCAUUCGCACUUACGAGAAGGCACAGGCAGCUCAAAAGGCUGGCCUUUUUGAUGAAGAAAUUGCGCCUAUUGAACUUCCCGGUUUUAGGGGCAAGCCAGGUGUGACUGUGGCACACGACGAAGAACCAAAGAAUCUCAACCCAGACAAGCUUCGAGCUAUCAAGCCUGCAUUUAUCCCCGGAUCCGGCACGGUGACAGCCCCGAAUUCCUCACCUCUUAACGACGGUGCUGCAGCUGUUGUCCUCGUCUCAGAAGCUAAACUGAAAGAGCUUAACCUGAAGCCUGUUGCGAAGAUUCUUGGCUGGGGAGAUGCCGCCCAGCAGCCGAGCAAAUUCACGACUGCCCCAGCAUUGGCGAUUCCCAAGGCCCUCACCCAUGCAGGUGUGGCGCAGAAUGCUGUUGAUGCGUUUGAGAUUAACGAAGCGUUCAGCGUAGUUGCUCUGGCCAAUAUGAAACUCCUGGGGUUGGCUGAAGACAAAGUCAACAUCCAUGGUGGUGCAGUGGCUAUCGGCCAUCCUCUCGGCGCCAGUGGUGCUCGUAUCUUGACUACAUUGCUCGGUGUAUUGAAAGCUAAAAAUGGUAAGAUUGGUUGUGCUGGGAUUUGCAAUGGAGGAGGUGGUGCUAGCGCCAUUGUUGUCGAAUCUCUCGUCUAAGUCAUGGUGAGUUCCCCAUGGUUUUGGUAUGGAGCAUAGGAAUACUCAGACCAGCAGCACAUGAAAGGAAAAUUCGGAGUACAUAGACAUCUUUUGAUUGCAAUGCUUUGCUAUAUGGGGCGAAGAAUCCUCAAUCUAAAUUUAAAAAGAAGAAGAAGAAGAAACCCUUCGCGUUUAGCGUUAUAAUAAGCUUAGUGAUCUGUGUCGAGGCUCUUCUAAGCUUACGGUUCAGGUAGGUUGUCUUGUUAUUGAAUCAUGAAAUACCUACCUUAUGUAGAUUUGAAAAGUGGUGGAUCAUUGGUAACCACUCAGAACGUCAGAAUGCUGUGGAUAUUGAGUUAUGCUGCUUAUUUCGAGAUUCUUUCACCGGGUUGAAUUGAUUUUUACUCUGGAGUAUACGAUAUUUCUACGGUGGAUAUACCUUGGUCAAAAUCUACCUAACUCUCUAUACUUGAUAAGCUAUAAUAGUAGGCUUGACAAUGGAACGAUGAUAAUAUUUACCUGAUGUCGCUAACUCAGAUGGAUAUUUGUCUCGUGA